AUGAAUCCCCGCCUUUGAAACCAAUAGCAACCGGCUGUGAUGCCGGAAACCGAUGUUUGGAUACAGUUCACGCUGUUUAGUCGGAAAAGUUUUUUUUUUCUUCUGUAAAACAACGCCAUAAAGCUCUUAAUCAGAGACAUGAGUUCAAAGAGACCCAAGAGCAAAGAGGCCCGUAAAAUCAAGGGAAAAGAUAAAAAAAAGGAGAAUAAUUUUCCCACCGCAGAUGAAGGUGCAUCAGAACCUGAUCAUCCUGACUACAUUUUCCCACUGGUCCUGACGUCUGCCACACAGGAGCUGUUUGGUUGCCGGGCAGAUGAGGAUUUAACCGGAGAAAAUCCUUACAAGCUGCUGAAAAAAGAAGACAUCAUACAGGACAUGAAAACCAGAGCGUCCGUGUCUGACUUCAGCCCCAUCAAACAAUUAGUGCUGGACUACCCUGAAGAUGAACUUCUGCUGGUGUUCGACAGAGACUUCACAUACGGACAGAGCUUCUAUCUGGUGCUCACAGUAGAGGCCAAAGAAAACAUACUGAAGCCUUCAGUACAGGGUGAUGAUGAAGAGCAGAUAAAGCAUGAAGAGGAGGAGGAGGAAGAGAUGAUCAUACCAAAAACUCCAGAGUCUCACCCAUGGAUAUCUCUGGGAAGCGAGCAGGAGAUCGAGGAAGAGUCGGUCACAGAGUCCAGACCCAGACUCAGGUAUAAGAUCUCUCCUCUGCUGCGCCGCUGUGGUGCUCCGGUGUGUUUCUCCGACCGCAGUGCUCUGGACGGGAAGGAGGGAUUCGUGGAGUGCCUGUCAUACCAGGACAAGAGCUUCAGCAUCAGAGAGAUGGAGAGACACACGGCCAUUCAGGCCUCCAGUGACACCAAACACUCAUCCACUCAGACACUGUGGAAGUACCCAAGGAACAUGUGGACCCAGUACGAGUCCCGAGAGUUCAGCCCGGAGGAGAAAGAACAUCACCUGCGGUCAGAAAACCUGAAGAAUUUCAUCACAUCUGUACUGAUAAGGUUUGAAAUCUCCCUGCAGCAGAAUCACAUCACGGAUGUUUUCUGUGAUGACUGGACGGCGUUGUGUGAGGACGACGGCGCGCUGACGGGGAAAACAGAGACGCAGCUGAAGGAAUAUCAGUCCUUCAUGGACCUUCACUUCAGCAAAGAGAAAACCAUCAGCCACAUCCACUGGCAUCCCACCAUCAGCGGUGUGAUUGCUGUGUCCAUGACGGAGAGACUUUCUCUUGAAGAACGGAUCGAUAACUCUACUAAACUCCUUUUAAACCCAUCCUACAUUCUCUUCUGGAACUUCACUGACCCUAUAAAUCCACAGCUGCAGCUGGAAUGUCCCGAUGAUGUUGUGUGCUUCCAGUUCUGUCCGUCCGACCCAAAUAUCAUCGCUGGCGGCUGCAUGAACGGCCAGGUAGUAUUAUGGGAUAUCUCAGCACAUGUGGAGAGACUGCAGGACACACGCAGCAGCAGCAAAAACAUUUCAAACAAACUAGACAAAAUCAAUGCAACUCCAGUGGUCCGGUACUGUGCUGUAUCUGGUAUAGAGAACGGACACAAAGCCCCGAUCACAGACAUUCAAUGGCUGCCAGAAACCUUUGAGUUGUCCAAAUUAGGGAUCCCAGUGGAAAAUCCGAGUCGUAUCUCCGUCCAGCUGGUCACAUGCGCUCCUGACUGCUGUGUGUUAUUCUGGGACCUUCGGCCUCCUCGUGUUGUGUCUCAGUCCCUCACGGACGUGAAACAGAAAUCGGAGGAAAAGCCUCUGGAAAACCCUCAUGGUGUUCCCAAUACGUUCAAACACCUCAACCUGACCUGGAAACCCUUUAUCCGUGUCUCCUUACCAAAGAUUGGCUCUAGCGGUGAAUACAGUCCUCUGAAGUUCAGCUUGAGGGACAAUACAGUGGACUAUCCUACAGGAGACAAACCUCCACAGAGCGCGGAUCGUGAGGAAGGCUGUGGGUUCGCGCAGCUCCGUGUGGCGUCGGCCAAACAGCAGAAACCUCUGGAGAACAUCAGCACCAGGCUGUACGUGGGGACGGAGGAUGGUGAACUCGUUUACACCGACUGGAAAAUGGAGAAGGACAACGACUCAGGACGUCUGCUGAGCACGAAACCCAUCCAGCGGUUCCUCGUACACGACACUCUGGUCAACACCGUUAGCCGCUCUCCGUUCUUCAGGGACAUCAUCCUGACGGUCAGCAGCUUCAUCUUCGCCAUCUGGAAGGAAGGGGUCACGAGCGGCCCGAUCCUCAUGUCGGCCUGCUCCAAGAUGCUGCGUACGGCAGGCCACUGGUCUCUGUCGCGGCCGGCGGUCUUCUUCAUCGGGAAGGAGGACGGAAGCAUUGAGGUGUGGGACCUGCUGCAAAACAGCCACGAGCCCUCGCAGAUCCAGAACAUCAGCAGCGCCGCCAUCACCUGCAUCAGGACCAGCAGCAUCUCCUCCAAGCAGCAUCUUCUGGCGGUUUCAGACCGUCUCGGGACUCUACACAUCCUACAGAUUCCCUGGACCCUGCGCAGAUCCUCCAACAGUGAGAGGCAGAUUGUGAAGAAGUACUUUGAGAAGGAAGAAGAACGGCUGGAGUAUUUCGAGAAACGUCAGAUCAAACAUGAGAAGGAAAAGAAAGAGAUGGAAGCCGAACAACAGAGGAAGAAGACGGAGCCGGUGGUGCCACUGAAACAGGAAGAGGAACUGGAGGCAGAAGCGCUGAAGGAAUACGAACAGUUUCUGGCUCUGGAGAAGGUCAUUUUGAAGAACAUGGGCCUCCUGACCGAAUCAGAGGACAGAUCAGACCUGUAACACAUCAUCACACUCCAGAACAACCAAGAAUCUAGAACUUACCAGAUGAUCUAACAAUAAGAGUUCAGUUUAGUUUAAUUUAGUGUGUGUGUGUGU